UCAACAGCUGUCCCGGACAAUAUGUGGUCUGAACUUUAGUAGUUUUGCACCCAGUACGACCGGAAUAUAAACCUCCGUUCGCCCCACACAUUCACGAUGAAAGACACGUUCGGAGUUCCUUCUACCCGCCCUAUCGGAAAGAAAAAUUGUUUUGUAACGCUUGUAUAGCCUCUCUGAUGGGUUGACGGUUAGGAUUAAAAUCGGCGAUUGAGGACAGACUUGCCGGGUGUUCUAAAAAGCUACCGUAAAAUUCUUCGAACACGUGGAAAUAUUUAUAUAUUUUUAGUUAUCUCGUUCGAACGUCGGUAUAAGCAUUUUCACAUACACGCCUAAAGGCAACGUAAUUUUUAUUGAUACGCUUUCGUCAGCCAUGAUGGCCACCGAUGAACCACUGGAACUUGAGGAGUUGGAACCGUCUGUGGAAAAAAGAACGCGCUUUCAAGUCAACAGAGUUAGAACCGAAAGCACUAACGACCAUUACGGAAGAUCUACUGACCCGGAUCAAGAAAAUGAUAGCGAAGACGACGAUAUCGCAACCAGUGACACAACCAGGUUGAAUGUGGAUUAUCACAGCAAAAGUUUAAGACGGCUUACGAGAGAAGCUCUUCCCCGCAUUGACAAUUAUAGAAAUGUUACGUCGAUUCAAGCCACGAACAGACCAACAUUGGAGGAACUUCACAGCGCAACUUUAGGCAAGGAAGUGGCGUCAAAAAAUGAACAAACUGGCAGCAUAAUUACAACUGAACGUCAAAUUAAAUUUGGAUGGAUCCAGGGCGUGCUGGUGCGAUGUCUUUUGAACAUUUGGGGCGUUAUGCUCUUCCUCAGAUUAUCUUGGGUGGUAGCUCAGACUGGAAUUGGCUUGGCAAUAUUAUUAAUAUUAACAACCACAAUAGUUACAUCUAUAACAGCUUUGUCAAUGUCUGCGAUAAGCACAAACGGAGUAAUAAAAGGGGGCGGAACUUAUUACAUGAUAUCUAGAAGCUUGGGUCCAGAGUUUGGCGGAUCCAUAGGUUUGAUAUUCUCACUGGCCAAUGCGGUGGCCUGCGCAAUGUACGUCGUUGGUUUCUGCGAAUCUCUACAAGACUUGAUUAGGCGGCCCAUAGUUGAUGGUGGUAUUAAUGAUGUCCGAAUUAUUGGAUGCAUUACUUUGGUUGUUUUGACCGGUAUUGUUGUUUUUGGCAUGGAGUGGGAAGCUAAAGCUCAAUUGGUUUUACUUGUUAUACUAUUGGUCGCCAUUUUUGAUUUUCUAAUAGGAUGUUUUAUGGGACCGCGGAACGACGAAAAACGAGCCAAAGGCUUUGUGGGGUUUAACGAAACUGUGAUUUGGACUAACAUGUUUCCAGACUACAGAGACCACGAAAAUAUCAGUUAUGAUUUCUUCAAAGUUUUUGCGGUAUUUUUCCCGGCUGCUACAGGUAUACUAGCCGGUGCUAAUAUAUCAGGAGACUUAAAGGAUCCCCAAAAAGCCAUCCCGAAGGGUACUCUGCUCGCUAUUUUUAUCACUACUAUGUCUUAUAUCGUGAUAGCGAUAUUAGUCGGAUGUACUGUACUUCGAGAUGCAACAGGAAAUGUAGAUGAUUAUCUUAAUGGGAAUCUUCCUAAUCCUAAAAGCGAUAAUUUGUCUUAUAUCUAUGGUUUACACAAUAGCUUCCAGGUUAUUGAACUAGUAUCUGGGGAAGGUUCUCUUAUUUACGCUGGAUGUUUCGCAGCCACCUUGUCCUCAGCUUUAGCCUCACUAGUAUCAGCCCCGAAAGUAUUUCAAGCACUAUGCAAAGACAAAUUAUAUCCAUUUAUAGAGUUCUUUGGGAAAGGUUUUGGUGCCAACAAUGAACCAAUCCGGGGUUACAUUCUAACUUUCGUUAUUGCGAUCGGAUUUAUUUUGAUAGGGGAACUAAAUAUGAUCGCACCCCUUAUCUCAAAUUUCUUUUUGGCGGCUUAUACCUUGAUUAACUUUUCCACCUUCCAUGCUUCAUUGGCAAAGCCAGUGGGCUGGAGACCCACUUUUAAGUAUUAUAACAUGUGGCUGAGUCUACUAGGUGCUGUUCUGUGUGUUGUGGUCAUGUUUUUGAUUUCAUGGUGGACUGCCUUAAUUACACUAGCUGUAAUUUUAGCUCUAUAUCUAAUCGUUUCUUAUAGAAAGCCAAAUGUUAAUUGGGGAUCGACAACUCAAGCCCAAAUUUAUAAAAAUGCGCUUCAAGCUGUGCAUCAACUCGAGUCGGUCGAAGAGCAUGUUAAAAAUUAUCGUCCCCAAAUUUUGGUUCUGGUUGGUUUGCCUAGUUCCAGGCCAGCUCUGGUUAAUUUUGCACACAUUAUCACCAAAAACCUCUCAUUAAUGAUAUGUGGGCAUGUAAUUACCGAGCAUCUGUCCCAGAGAACGAGAAAUAUUUUAAAUUAUAAGGCGAGCGAAUGGAUAAAAGCGCAUAAAUUGAAAGCCUUUUAUCAAGAGGUCGACGGAGUGUCUCUGCAAGAAGGCGCUAAAUCUUUAAUGGGUGUUUCGGGAAUCGGGAAGUUAAAACCGAAUAUUUUGUUGAUAGGUUACAAAACCGAUUGGCAAACUUGUCCAGGGAUUGAAUUGAUAAAUUAUUUUGAAGUACUGCAUGAAGCAUUUGGAAUACAUUUAGGACUCGGAAUAUUGAGGCUUCCAGAUGGUCUAGAUGUGGACAAAAGCUUGAACGAUUCCGAUACCGUGUCUUCAAAAAUGCCAGGGUUCACUCUGCGAACACAGUCAUACAGCCAAUUAUCCCAAGGUAGCAGUGGUAGUGAACAGUCUUUAGCAAACAUAGAAGACAAAGUAAGUGUAGCUCCCAACAUGGAAGAUGGCAAAAUUGGCAGCAGAGGCAAACAUUCCGUCACCGAAUCUGCUGCAGAUUUGGCUUCGGAAGGUCAAUCAGACCAUGUUCUAGGAAAUUUGUUCUUUCAAAGAAGACCUAAACGUACAGGCACUAUAGACGUGUGGUGGUUGUAUGAUGAUGGAGGUUUAACACUGCUUUUGCCUUAUAUAAUCACCACAAGAAGAAACUUCAUAAACUGCAAGUUGAGAGUAUUUGCAUUAGCCAAUAAACGGGAAGAGUUGGAAAUGGAGCACAGGAACAUGGCCAGCAUGUUAGCUAAAUUUAGGAUAGAAUACUCUGAUUUGCAAAUAGUACCAGAUAUCAUAUCACCCCCUUCAGAAGGAACACAAUCAUUUUUUACCAAUUUGAUAGCCAAUUUUCGACAGAACUCUGAAGAUACGCUUUACAUCAGCGACGCGGAACUAAUGGCCGUAAAGGACAAGACGAAUCGUCACAUGCGGUUAAGAGAAUUACUGCUAAGUCACUCCCACGAGGCGACUAUGGUAGUGAUUACCUUGCCUAUUCCUAGAAAAAGUAUUGUGUCCGCACCUUUAUAUUUAGCAUGGCUAGAACUUCUCACAAGAGAUAUGCCUCCAACUUUGUUGGUGCGCGGGAAUCAGACAUCUGUUUUAACGUUUUAUUCUUAGGUUAGAUAUCUACGAUUGCCUAUUUAUGACAAACGUUUUAUUUAUUUUGUAGGGUUUUUAACCUGUCAUAUAUAUGUUGCACCAGUAAAAGAACCUGUCAUAUAGGAAUUCAAUUACUUUUUGAAACUAGUGUGUUGGUGCAAAUUAAUAACCCCUUUGGUAGUUCUUACCAGUGUCAAUCAUGAGUGCCAAACUCAUUUUUUUGAAAGGAACAGGCAUAAUCAGACUGAAAGCAUAAAAAAGUAUUUUUAUUACUCCCGUCUUCAGUUCCGUUCAGAUAUUCCAAACCAGUUGUGUUUCUUGCUAGAAAUACAUUGCACAUUUGUUACAAAUUAACCUAGAUUUCAAAUUUUAUGGAAUCUCAAAAGUGUUAUGUAAAAAAUGAGAUUAGGUACGGAAGAGAUCUUUACUCGUCUGUAAUUGUCACCAUCAAUAGUUGAAAAGAAAUAUAUUUGACACCUAUGGAUAUAUCAUAAGAAUAAUAGUACUGAGAAAUAAACACCUUUCAGCCUAAAUCAGAUAUACUGUCCAUACUACUGUAUCAUGAAAGUAAGGCUGAUUUGUGAACAUAUAACAUUUUGCUCUUUAAAGGAUUGUGUUGUUUGCUGAAAAAAUAAUUAUAAACACCAUGUCUCAUAGAUUUCCACAUCUUACCCUACUACCACUGUUUCAAGAAUUUCAUCUACCUAUGCAAAAAAAAACAGUACUUUCUGGAAUAAUUUCUUACUUUGAAAGUGAAUUCACUUAUUUGUAAAUUAUCAAAAGGAGAAAAAAUAACAUAAAUACUAUUUAUUCAAAUCAAGUCAAUAAUAACUCAACAAAUAAAU